CUCUCGGCCUGGCCGCCUCCACCUCUCUCCAUCUCAACCCCUCUCGGCCUGGCCUGUCGCGUCUCCUUCCCCGACCGGGCGAUCUCCAGCGAGCGAGAGAGAGAGCCAGCAGCCGCGCGGGAGGAGCUCUGCUCGUCGAGGCCGCCCACCAUGGGGUUCUGGGUGUCCACGGUCAUCUUCCUCCUCGCCGGCGUCGUCGCCUCCCUCUUCACGCUCCUCUGCUGCAACCGCGGGUCAUCCACCAACCUAUUCCAUUUGACCUUGGUGACUACGGCUGUAAUUUGUUGUUGGAUGAUGUAUGCCAUUGUUUACCUUGCUCAGAUGAAGCCUUUGAUCAACCCCAUCCUGAGCGGGGAGUGAGCUUUCUGUUGAAAAUAAUUAAAUCCAACAUGUUGUACCAUUAUUCAGUAUGUGAACCUUUUAUUCAUUUUGGCCACCCUGAAAUAAAGAAACUGCCAUGAGUUUUUUGCUACUCUA